GAAUUGUUUCGUGCUAGUCGGGACAGAUAUAACAGCGCAGUCGAAGAGAGCGGAGAACACAUGGUGGACGUCACACUGAACGUGACCUACGCUCCAGUCAGAGUGGCGAAACCCAGCAUAGCAGCCAUGAACAACCCUGCUCCCAAGGGCGCCGCCGGAAAAAUGAUCGGCAAGGAAGAUGCGUCACGCUGCGUCUCGAUUUUCAAAACGCUCGGUCUGGCUUCCAUCAUGAUCUUUGCUGUUGUUUCACUCGUGGGGAUGAUCGUCAUUUGGAAGUCUGGCUUGAUCGAGAGAGUGAUUUCUCAGCAACUGGUUAUUGAGAAGGACACUGAAGUAUAUGAUGUCUGGGUGAAGCCACCAGUGAAGCCAAUUGUGAAUAUCUUCGUAUUUAACUACACGAACGUGGCUGAAUUCACCGCUGGGAAGGAAAAACUCAAAGUGAAGGAAGUUGGUCCCUAUGUUUACAGACUUUCCCUCGAGAAGGUGCGCGUUGUGUUCCCCACAAACGACACUGUAAGCUUCCAGGAAAAGAAAAAUUACCAGUUUGAUCCAGUCUUGACCAAAGGCUCACUGGAUGACGUGCUAAUGGUUCCAAGUUUCACAGUCUUGGGCACAGUUCACAAGCUAGACAAAUUGUUGGGCGGUCUGCCUUUCAAUCCACUGCCGGAUUCCUUUUUCACGAAAGAACCCUUUGAGAAGAUCAAAGUCCGAGACCUCAUUUGGGGCUACGACGACGCAAUUUACGAUACGGUCAGACCAUUUUUAAACAUGGUCAGUGGCGAUCUGCCGGCCAAAAUGGGCCUUCUUGUCGGGAAAAACUCGACCGACGAGAUGCGUUUCACCAUCAACACGGGCAUGCUAGACAUCAAUAAGCUGGGAAUCGUCUCCGCGAUCAACGGCAAAAAGAAGUUGAGCAUGUGGAGGUCGAACGAGUGCAACAGGGUGGACGGCAGCGAGGGCAGCAUGUUCCCGCCGCCACAGGUGGCUUCCGGCCUCAGGCUCUACAUUUUUUUGGCGCAGCUGUGCAGGCGCAUUCCGUUCGACGCCAUCAAGUUCAUGGUCACCAACGGCAUGCCGGCAGUGCGCUACGCACCUCCUGAAGACGUCUUCUCGCCCGACAACCCGGAAAACCAGUGCUACUGCCUUUCCGGAAAAUGCCCGAAAAACGGCUUGUUCAACGUUGGACCCUGUGUCUUUGACAGCCCAACCAUGGCCUCGUUUCCCCACUUUUUCCAAGGAGACCCUUCUCUGUUGGAUGAGGUUGAUGGAUUGAAACCUGACGCUGAGAAGCACCAGUUCUAUCUGGACGUACACCAUAAAUUUGGAGUUCCACUUGGCGGCAAGUCUCGUCUGCAGAUCAACCUCGUCGCCAAAGCAAAGAACAUUGCUCCCAUGAAGAGGUUCAAGAGGGACACGAUUCUGCCCGUCUGCUGGUUUGAAGUGAGUGUGGACGAAUUGCCGCCGGAAGUGAAAUCUGCAUUGAAGUUGGCUACACACACCGCAUCGCACGGUCUCAUGUACUUCCUGCUCUGCGUGUUUGUGUUUUCAAGUGGCGUGAUCGCCUAUUACGCCACAAAGCGGACUCGGGCCAAAGUGGCUCGACCUUUGAUCUACAGCGAACUGCCGAAAAAACUGAUUCUUGUGCAAAAGAAGUGAUUCUCUCUAUAGCUUCGCGAUAAAUCUGAAUCUCGACUGAAGCCUAAAAAUUCCUGCAAUUUUAAGCAGCACACAACACUCUCUCAGUCAGAUGCCGACAACUGAUCAGAGACUAGAAAUCUCUCCGCGUGCCUGUGAUAAUGGAGUCGAGAUUGCCUGUAUAUUUUUGUAUAUUUUUAUCCAUUCUCUGCCUGAUAAACUACUCGAAUAAUACUGGAAAUAUUCAUUUGCUCAACGGUGUCAUUCAUUUUUAUAUUAUAUGUUAAUUGUAAUUAAAUAUUUGCAAUCGGUUUUGAUGCAACUCCUUGUUGAUAAGAAAUGUGUGCAGGGUUUCUGUGUGAUUCUAUGUAAGAAAAGAGUCUGUUCCUGAAUGAUGGCGUUGACAUUUUAUUGGUAGGAAAAUAUUUAUGCAUAAUCUUGCCUUGUAAAUAAUUGUAGACUUGUUCAGACAAAUAAAAACUCAUUAAAAACACGCA